AUGGGGCUCGGCGAGGGCGAGUACGAGCCGCGCGUCGUGCACCAGUUCCUGGACCUGGCCUACCGCUACGUCGGCGACGUGCUCGGCGACGCCCAGGUCUACGCCGACCACGCAGCCAAGCCCCAGCUCGACGCCGACGACGUCCGCCUCGCCAUCCAGGCCAAGGUCAACUUCUCCUUCUCCCAGCCGCCGCCCCGCGAGGUACGAGUUUCGUAG